UUUUGGAGAACCAGAAACAGCUGUCUGAGAAGGUUCUACCACAUGAACGUUGUGUUUCUCAGAACAUUCUUCAUCACGUGGACUGAAGGUGUGUUUGGGAUCUGCAGGUUCUUCUAAAAACACAACAUAUGACCAGACCAGGACCAAUCAGCUUCACCGUAACAUCUGGAGACAACAUCUGGAGCUCCACCAGCUGGAAGCUUGGGCUGAGGUUCCUCAGGUUCCCGGGGUUUUCCUGCUGGAUGGUGGAGGAUGGGAGGAUCGGUGUGUAAGGAGGAGGUAGAGGAGAAGAGGAGGAGUCCGUCCAGGGAGGACAGUCUGACGUCAGCCGACAGAAUCCGCAGGUUCACCGUCAGACAGUUUGGAUUCAACGUCCUGAGCCACCGCCGAGGACUGAAAGAGGUUCCAGAGGAGCUGUGGGAGUUGCUGGAGCUGCAGAAGUUGAACCUUUCUCUGAACAGUCUGAAGAUGGUUCCUCCUCAGGUGGCUCUGCUCUCCAACCUCGUGGUCCUCAACCUGUGGGGGAACCAGCUGAGCAGUCUGCCUCCAGAAAUUGGACAACUGAGGAGACUGCGAGUUUUAUUCAUCUACAGAAACCGACUGACGGAGAUUCCUGAGGAGCUGGGAGGCUGUACCCAGCUGGAGGUUCUGAGUCUGGCCAACAACCAGCUGUCCUCUCUGCCGGCAUCUCUGUCCAACCUGACCCGGCUGAAGAAGCUCAACCUCAGUCACAACCUCAUUGCUCACGUCCCGGGCUGUGUCUACAACAUGAAGGCUCUAGUGUUCCUUCACCUGGCCUGUAACCGUUUGGAGAACCUUGCAGAGAACAUCCAGACUCUGGUGGAGCUCAAGAUCCUCAUUGUGGAGGGAAAUAGCCUCCACUCUCUGCCAAAGGCAAUCUGCUGCCUGACCAGGUUGGAGCUGCUGAAUCUGGACUUUAACGAUAUUAAAGAUGUUCCACAGGACCUUCACCAGUUGUCUCGGCUGCAGAAGUUGGCCUGCCAUCCUCUGGAUAAAGGUCUUCACAUCGUCCACAACCCGCUGCUCAAACCUGUGAAGGAGGUUCUGGAGGGUGGGCUCAGUGCGCUCUUCAACUACCUGAGGACGGGAUAGGCCUGGGGGCCGGGCUAAACACCUGGCAACCAGGGGCAGGGCUUUUUCCUUAUCUGACACUGGGGCAGGACAUUUUAAACUACCUGUUGGCUGUGGGCAGAGCUUUGUGUCCACCUUUUGGCUGUGGGCAGAGUGUUUUGUACCUGAGGUCUAUGCUAAUGCCUGUGGUGAACCUGAGGCCAGGUCAUGGAACCUACAUUUACCUGUCUUCAGGUGAGCUGCAGGUGGCUAACGUGGAGCUCCUGUAUGAAUCUGUGAUGAAGCUGGACAUUAUUUAUCGCUGUAGAGUGAAUCUCAGUGGAUUUACACACG